AUGAAUGAAAGCCGGAACCCCAACAUUUUCAUCAAUGAAACACUAUCUGCUAAUGUUCUUCCAAUAUUGCAGGCAUGUUAUGCUACUACAGCCUUUCUAGCUGUUACUAGUAAUGCCUUAAUCUGCUUUCUUCUUGGUCGUCGGAAAAAAAUAAUGCGUCAAUCAUCCAAUAAAUUUAUCUUUGGUUUGUCAGUCAGUGGUUUAAUUGAAGCUUGCAUCUUAUUUUUAAUGCCUUCCUUUAUUAUUCCAAUCGCAGAUUACAUCCUUCCAAAAGGAUUAGCUGGAGAUAUAUUCUGUCGACUGAUAUCAUCGGAAUAUCUGCUUCAUGUACCAUGCUAUCUAUCAGUGCAGAUGAUUGCCUCCAUGGGUAUUGAACGUUGGUAUGCUGUCGUUAAACCAACUAAAUACAAAAGAGUCUUUAGUAGACGCAAUACAUCUACGUUAUUAUUUACCCUGGUGGCUCUAUCCUUUGCUUGGCCAGUCGAUUAUAUCUUACGUGACUCUCAUAUAUCAAAUCAAUCGAAGUUAUACAGCCCAUGCCAAAUAAUUGCUAGACCAAUUGAUUUCAUGCUAUUCUUUAUUUUGGAGACUUUCCGUCUCUAUCUCCCCUUAAUGAUAACCAUAUUCUGUUAUGUCGAUAUUUCUCGACGCACGGGUAAAACCAACAGUUUAUCUUCGCUAAAAGUCCGUGGCCCGGGUGCAGACUGGAUCAUGAUUCGCAGGAAUAUUAAAGCAGUAAUCAGAAGAAAAUUAACUUAUAUGGCAUUUAUCUCAUUUAUCGUUUUUGUUGUAUGUUGGCUACCUCGCUUAGUAUAUCAAGUUCUAAUUAUAUUUAAAUUGGUCUCACUUAGUGAUUACUAUAUCAUGAAGCGCGUAGUAUUAUUGCCAAUCGUCUUUAAUGCCUUUCUAAAUCCCGUCAUCUAUGCAUCUACCAAUGAUACCAUUAGGAAACAGUUAGGUCUGAAGACAUCCUUACGAUAUCCACGAGUCCGCCAACCAACACAUCUACCUAUCAUCGGUAGUGGUAUAUUUGGCUUAGGAAAUCGUCGUGGAUCUAUGGCGCCUCUCUUUAGUCCACAAUCACUCGGACGUUUCUCGAUUUCGCGUCGUAAGAGACGAAUUGACAUCAUGGAAGCUUUAGAUUCUGAAACAAGUACUGUGACUGCACCUAAAUCCAACGAUGAGGGAACUACAUUAACGCGGAUUAUUGAAGUAACACCUAAUUAA